UUAAAAAAUAGUAGGCUUUUUAUAAACUUCAUCUUAGUUAGACCUUUUCAUUUAUUUAUUGGCUACUUUCGGAAAUUAUCUUUAGAACAUUACAAUAAUUAGUCAAUAUGUCUGCUUACGCUAAAUUCAAAAUUGCUUCCAUGGUAGUGCUUGGAAAAACCCGCCUUCAAUGUUUUAGUACAGGAAAUUCGAGCCGUGGUGGGCCAAAGCAGGGUGGUAACGGAAAGGCGCACAAUGGAAAUCAGAACAUAAAGUUUGAUCCUUAUAAGUUAUUUAAAGAUAAAGUCAGUAAACAAUAUUUCGUUAACGACGCAGACGCUAAUUAUAUGGAAUGCCUCUUCACUAAGUGGGUUCAUAACCCGACUUCUGUCCAUCGGUCAUGGCAUCAGUACUUUACCGAUGUUUUGCAAAGUAAAAAUGUAGGAGAUGUCGCGAUUCUGCCGAUUAGGCAAAAAUCGCCUUCAAGAACUUCAAAUAAAGAUACUUCUUCCACACAACCUCCUAUGGCUAAGAAAGUUACUCACAAAGAAUCAAGUGAUUGUGACAUAAUGAAACCAGAAAAUGAUAUAAUAAAACCUACAACUAGCAAAGCUUCUCGCAAAGUUAGCGAGCCAGAAUAUAACACUUCCGCGGAAUCUACGACUAGCAAAUCUUCUCACAAAGUUACUGAUAGAAAGGAAUCACCUCAUGAUGACAUAUUGGAGCCGUAUUCCGAUCCAAAGAGACCAUACAUACAACCGCAGCCAGUUAGGAUUAUGAAACCAAAAGAGGGAAAACCAGGCAGAGGGACGGAAACUGAGAAAAAGAAACCGAAAAUCCAACGAGAGCCAACAUAUAAAAAUCCAAUCAAAAAUUCCACGUUAACAAAACCUACAAAAGACGAAUAUUUGAUUGGUCAUAUAAUUUUGAGUCCCGCUAAAGAGAGUGUCACUGGCCCCGUUAGUUCGAAACAGGACGAGAUAAAAAACACAGUUGAAAAAGAUAUCGCACCAACGAACAUGGUGGGCCAGCCGAAGCCGUUCAAGUCAAAAACACAGCCGUCCACAGGGACAGUUGCCAGUAGAUCCAAAAUUGACUUCAGGAAAUCCCUGCAGCAGAUCAAGGAUCAGAAGGCCAUACAGCGCGUGAGGUCGGCCUUGUCGAAAACCCAAUUUCGAGCCAAACGUGAAUAUAUUAAAUCGCAGCUGAACCGCAUUGCUAAGAUGAAGAGAAGCAAUGGGCCAAAAAUUAGCUCAACACCCAAGUCCGAAAAAUAGAUGCGAAAUUUCAGUACAA